GUCGACUCGUCAGCACCGGGGGUUGUAGAUAGCCGGCAAGGGCUAGCGGGCUGUGUAUAAGAAGUUAGAGGUUGUCUGUAGAGUACAAGACUAGCGUGUGUGUGUGUGUGUAAUAAGACUCUCGUACAGGUGUGUGUGUGUUCAAGACUAGAGGAGGGUGUGCACAGAGCAAGGUGUGUACAGAACUAGAGUGUGUGUGUGUAGGGCUAGCAGUCUAUUGGUGUGUGUGUGUGAGUACGCUUCUUCCAAGUCUGUAAACGGUUGUUACCGCAGUACCUACACACACGCGCGCGAUCUUAUCUACAGCAGACGCGUGUAGACUGGACUCCAGGUGUGGUGUGUUGAGGAACCCAGGUGUGCACCUGGAAAGCGACGACUGAAGCAGCUGCAGAAAUGGCCCUGAGUGACGCGGACGUGCAGAAGCAGAUAAAGCAGAUGAUGGCAUUCAUCGAACAAGAGGCGAACGAAAAGGCCGAGGAAGUCGAGGCCAAGGCAGAAGAGGAAUUUAAUAUCGAGAAGGGAAGACUCCUUCAGACGCAGCGCCUCAAGAUCAUAGACCACUUUGAGAAGAAGGAAAAGCAGAUCGAUAUGCAGAAGAAGAUUCAGGUGUCAAACCUGAUGAACCAUGCCAGGCUGAAGGUGCUCAAGGCUCGUGAAGACCUCAUCCAGGACCUGCUCGCGGAUGCGAGGAAGCGACUCGCGAUGGAAGCCCGGGAGCCGGCCCGGUACCGGUCGCUCAUCGAGGGCCUUCUCAUGCAGGGAUUGUUCCAGCUGCUGGAGCCACAGGUGGUGAUUCGGUGCCGGCAGCAGGACGUGACCCUGGUGAAGGAAGCCAUGGAGAAGGGGAAGGUGGAGUACAAGGCGUGCGUCAAGCGGGACAUUCACAUCCGCAUCGAUGAGAACGACUGCCUGCCCCCUGACGUGGCGGGUGGGCUGGAGAUGUACAGCGGGGACGGGAGGAUUAAGGUGGAGAACACCCUGGAGAAACGACUGGAGCUCAUCGCGGAGCAGCUGCUCCCAGACGUGCGAGUCAUGCUCUUCAAAGUCAACCCCAAUCGACGCUUCCUCGACUGAGCACAGCUCAGCACAUGGCACGAUAGCACCCACAAACCAUACACAUCAAGCACACAUCAAUACACGAUACAUGUAUCAUCCUCUCCACACAACACACACAACGUGCAUCGCAUCACACCAUCACCGCACAAUACACACACCAUCUCUAUAACAUACAUACAUCCCACAUCAUGCAUGCAUCAUCUCAACACACAUACAUCAAAUCAUAAAUAUCCCUUCAUUAUAUAUACACCACCUUCCACACCCAUCACACGGUCAUCCAGGCAUCACACACACACCAUGACCACCAUAUCGUCAACACAACACACCUAUUACACAACAUACAU